CGAGGCUAACAGGCUGCCAGCUUAUAAAGCUGCAGAGAAGGCAGAAUGAUUUCAUUAGCUCACAGUUGCCUAGAAACAAUUCUAGAAAAACGUCCUGAAAGAAGAGCCCUUUAGACAAACUUCAGAAUGCUUGCUAUGGAAAGAUUGCCUCUGAGCCAGACCUCACAAUUCUCCAACUACUAUCCCAUGCUUGGAUCUCCUACUGUGCAGAGCCCUCGAGCAGGAAUGCCUGCAGGUCACUUUAUUCCAGGGCUCCCUAGUCCUCCUGCACUGCACCACACAGUCUCCAAGCACAGACUGGGCUCUGCAUCCAGCAUGCAUGCACCUUCUCCCUAUGACACCAAUGGUCUCUUCUCGGCUGCAGCAGGCUGUCAUCCUGCACUUCUCUACUCUCCCACUGCUCUGCACGGGCCCAGUUCAAUGAUCUCUCCAUCGCCUCAAGAUCGCCGCUCCCCAACAGUCGCUGAGGGCAGUGUAUUAGCAAACCUGGUUGCUGGGCAAAUAACCAGUACAGUGGGAUCUGGGAGCUCUACUGAGGGUUGCACAGCAGACGUCACCUCUCCCAGAGAAACGUCCACAUCAGCUCAAGGAAAUAGCCAUUCUCCAGCAGGCCUCCCCGCUCGACUGAAAAAACAGAAAAAGGACAGAAAACCUCGCACUCCAUUCACAAGCACACAACUGAUUGCACUGGAAAGAAAGUUUCGACAGCAAAAGUACUUGUCUGUCGCUGAAAGAGCUGAAUUUGCUGAGUACCUUAAACUAACAGAAACACAAGUCAAGAUCUGGUUCCAGAACAGACGUGCUAAAGAGAAGCGAUUACGCGAGGCUGAAGCGGAGAGAGCUGCUCGAAGCCUCGGUAUACCACUCUCCUAUGCACAUGCUUAUCAGAAUGAGUUCCUUCAGAGCCCACUGCUGCCUCCACUACAAACCUCCGCUCACAGUGGUCUGUCCAACAGCAUAUUCCAGCAUGGCCCCCUCCUGGCCUCCCCUCCUGUCACCCACAACCCCCAUUACCCUGGACACACUCCAGUUCUGUUACAUCCCCAGCAUAUGAGAUACGCUGACAGCAACAGCAGCUCAGAACAGCCACUACAUAUCCCACACACAUCACGAUAGCUGGCUGGCUAGCUCUGAACCCUGGCAUACAUGUAACUAGUGCACAGCAUUUAUUUGGAAAUGUUUUUAGCAGCUCAUCAGUAAAACAGGCAUGAUAGUUCAUCCAUGUAUCAUAGAACCACAUCAUGAUUCAGUCAGUCUCUGUUGUUUUUAUAUUCUGUUGAAGUAAAUAAUAUACUUGGAUGUGUAUUAUGGUCAGAAUGAAAGAAA